AGACCGGCUCCAGACCGGCGCUCCUCCACCGCACCGCCGAUCAUUAAUCCCUCUCGUAAAAAGGCAGACACCUGGGCAAAGCCGCGGCAGUAAACAGCAUUUGAUUUUUUUUUUUUAUUAUGGGUUUUAUCUCCGUGGAUGCAGAGAAAAAAGUUUUGUAUUGACGCUGCUUUGAAAAGGAGAGUCAGUCUCCAGGAGGGACAGCACCGGGAUUCUCCUCAGUAUCUGUCUCUUUCUCUGGGGCUGCUGUUUCCAAAAUCUGUUCAAGUGAGGGACUCGCCUGUGAGAGGACGAUAUGAAGGUAGCGGGCUCCCUUUGGAUCCUUUGGUUUGUCCUUGUGCGCAGGGUGGCAGGAGUUGCUGAGUCAAUCUCAGACCCAUCACUCAGGCCUGGGCUGAGCUUGACAGAUGGACAGGACCAGGCGGUGAGCCAGGGUCAAUAUAAAUGUCUUAAGCUGUCCAACCGAGACCAGCAAGAGAACAGAACCGGUACGUUCUGUGGGCAUAUGUGGGAUGGCUCUUUAUGCUGGGAUGAGACUCCAGCUGGGACGUCAGUAACACAAAACUGUCCAGAUCACCUUGACCCGACUGAAAAAGUGACCAAAUAUUGUGCCGAAUUUGGUAACUGGGUCGAGACUGCGUCCAAUUGUCAACCAGCUUCAAAGAGCAAAUUGGAGAGGAAAGUUCCCCAUUUCUUAUUGGAUGCGCCUGGAGAGCCGACCACAGAGUCCACAGCGCUUAAUGCAGAAAAAGGCAGUGUUGUGGAAAAAAUGAUCCUUGAGAAUGAAAAGAAAUGCUCAGAGAAAAUGAAGCAAGAUCCGCCUUAUAACAAAUCAGGCCUGCACUGCAGUCGUAACUGGGAUGGCUGGCUGUGUUGGGAGGACGCUGCAGCAGGAACCCACGCUUCACAAAACUGCCCCAAUUAUUUUGGUGACUUUGACCCCACAGAAAAGGUAACAAAGUUCUGUGCCGAGGACGGUCGGUGGUUCCACCAUCCUGAGUCCAGCAUGACCAACUAUACACUCUGUACCACCAACCACGAAAAGAGACUGAGGAAACUGAAGAUGCUUGAGUACGAAUACAAAUGCCUCCGGAAAAUAAAUCGAGACCCACCUUAUGACAAGUCAGGUUCGCACUGCAGUCGUAACUGGGACGGCUGGCUGUGUUGGGACGACACUCCAGCGGGAACAUACGCCUCUCAGAACUGCCCCGAUUACCUGUUUGACUUUGACCACACAGAAAAGGCUAGUAAGUACUGUGGAGAAGACGGCCUGUGGUUUCAUCAUCCAGAGAGCAAUAAGACUUGGACAAAUGAUACUCUCUGUGCUGUCAACACUAAGGAUCGGUUGAAGGCAGCCGCACAACUCUCAGGGGAAACUGAGGUACUGACUGCUGAAGAGGCCACAGUCGGCCCCAUGGUUAACCCAGAGGAACAGGAAGUUGUGAGAAAGAAGAUCCUCGACAGCCAGUACAACUGCAUCGAGAGAAUGCGUCGAGAUGCACCUUAUAACAAAUCAGCUCAGCACUGCAGUCGUAACUGGGACGGCUGGCUGUGCUGGGGCGACAGUCCAGUGGCAACAUACGCCUCGCAGAACUGCCCCAAUUAUUUCGUGGACUUUGACCCGACAGAAAAGGCCACUAAAUACUGUGGGGAGGACGGGCAGUGGUUCCGCCACCCGGAUACCAACAGGACUUGGUCCAACUACACACUCUGCAACGAAAACACCAACGCAAAGUUGAAGUCAGCGUACAUCCUGUUCUACAUGGCAAUUGUGGGUCACGCUCUCUCCAUAGCCUCCCUGCUCAUCUCUCUGUCCAUCUUCUUCUACUUCAGGAGCCUGAGCUGCCAAAGGAUCACCCUGCAUAAGAACCUCUUCUGCUCCUAUGUGUUCAAUUCAGCCCUCACCAUCAUCUCCCUCGUAGCUGUGGUCAAUAAUCCUGAAGUUGUUGCCAGAAACCCGUCACUCAAGACCUCAUAUGGCUGCCAUCUUUCUCCCGUCCAAGGCUUUCCUCUAGUGCCUGCAUCCAUCCACGCCGUGGCGAGGAAAAAGUAUUUUGACGACAACUGUUGGAUGAGUGUGGAAACCCAUCUGCUCUACGCCGUCCAUGGUCCUAUCGUGGCAGCGCUUCUCGUGAAUCUCUUCUUCUUACUAAAUAUUAUAAGAGUGCUGGUGACCAAGUUGAGAGACACCCACCGGGCGGAGUCCAACAUGUACAUGAAGGCCGUGAGAGCCACCCUGAUCCUGGUGCCCCUGCUGGGAAUACAGUUUGUCAUUUUCCCCUGGAGGCCGGAGAACCGCCUGGCUGGGGAGGUCUACGAGUACAUCAUGCACAUACUCAUGCACUAUCAGGGAUUACUGGUGGCAACAAUAUUCUGCUUCUUCAAUGGAGAGGUGCAGGCGGCUCUGAAGAGGCAGUGGAUGCAGUAUAAAACGCAGUGGGGUCAGAGGAGGAAGGACCACUGCUCCAUGCGCUCCACCUCCUACACGGCCACCUCCAUCACCGAGGUGCCCGCCUUCAUGUACCACCACGACUCCAACAGCGAAAACUUGAACGGGCGCAGCACCGAGGACUCUGAGCUGGUGGCGCUCAAAUCAGGAGAGACGUACGCUUGAGCCACGCUGGAGGAAAGAGAGCAAAGUAGUGGAAACAACCGAAGAACCGAGCAACAGAGAGAAAGAAAGAAAGGAAAACCCCAUGUGCCAUUUCUCAGUGAUUAAAAGCUCACAGGCUGACGCUGGUUUGUUCAGCCCAGGACAUUGAUCCGAGCUCACUGGGAUGGAGACGGAGGAGCUACCGUGCUGACACUUCAUUUUACUCUACAUUGCUGUUGCGGCUGCUUUCUGAGAACUUUUGAUGUCAAGAACUUGUGGCAUGACAGCUGCUUUUUUGUGUCACUUCCUAAAGCUGCUAAAACUGUGACCCAAACUUGUGCUGGUGUUCGAGACAGAAAUAACUGUGACUGUGAAGAAGGAGAGGAAGAUUUCAGUUUGAGACGAUGGCGCCGAAUGUGAGAGUUGUUGACAGUAGAGGUAGAGCUGAACAGUAUGUUUGAUGAUGGAGGAUCUGCGUAUAACUUCUCCCCGAGUAUCCUCACCAGAUGUUGCCACAUGACUUGCUGUUGUUGGACAGAACAAUGGUUGUCAAUACAAACAAUGGAAGGGAAGGGGUGUCAUGAAGAUUUUUAAGGUAAAGUAGUAUCCUUCCUAAUCUCACCGAUACCAAAGGGUACUGAAAGUUGGUCACAGCUACGAAGGGGUGUACCAUGUCCAGCUGAGCAAAG